AAUGGUUGCAGGUAAGCAGGUAGAAAAUACUGGUCGGCAACUGCGUGUCGGGCAUUAAUGUUUCACCAUUAAUGGCGCUGUCAACGUCGUCUUUUCAGCUCACCGUCGCUUUCUCUAGCUCACGGUUACGGUUACUCCAACUACCACCCCUCUCUUCCCGCCAAAAUGUCCAUACAUUCCCAACCAACAAUUCGAUUUUGAAAUCAUCGUCUAAUAUCGCAGACACAAGUUUCUUAUCCCUUCCAGUUUUUCCUAGAAAUCGAACUAGGGAUCGUUGUGUAGCGGUCAGAUCUCAAUUGAAUUUCCCUCUGAUUUCUCCGAAUGACCACUGGGGCACAUGGACAGCUCUCUUUGCCACCGGCGCUUUCGGUCUCUGGUCAGAGAAGACCAAGAUAGGGAGCAUGGUGAGUGCUGCAUUGGUGAGCACUUUGGUUGGGCUUGCAGCGAGUAACAUUGGGAUUAUUCCUUACGAAGCUCCGGCGUACUCAAUUGUGUUGCAGUAUUUGCUGCCACUAACUGUUCCACUGCUGUUGUUCAGAGCAGACCUGCGGCAUGUGAUACGCACAACUCGGACCUUGCUCUGCGCGUUUUUGCUUGGAUCAGUUGCGACAAUAAUUGGAACUACAGUGGCAUUCCUGUUGGUGCCUAUGCGAUCUCUUGGUCAAGAUAGUUGGAAAAUAGCUGCUGCUCUCAUGGGUAGUUAUAUUGGUGGAGCUGUUAAUUACAUUGCAAUUUCAGAGGCUCUUGGUGUUUCUCCAUCAGUUUUGGCUGCAGGUGUAGCUGCUGACAAUGUUAUUUGUGCUAUAUAUUUUACGAUAUUAUUUGCUUUAGCCUCAAAAAUACCUCGAGAGGAUUCAACAUCAACCCAAGAUUCUGUGACAGAUAUGGAAUCUGAUUCUAGAAGCAGGCUCGCUGUGCUACAGGCUGCUACAGGGCUUGCCGUUUCGUUUGCCAUCUGCAAAACUGCCGUUUAUCUCACCAAAUUGUUUGGAAUUCAAGGAGGCAUUCUUCCAGGGACAACAGCAAUUGUUGUCAUUCUAGCAACUGUAUUUCCAACACACUUUAGUUACCUUGCACCGGCUGGUGAGGCUAUUGCUGUGGUGUUGAUGCAGGUAUUUUUUGCUGUUGUGGGUGCCAGUGGGAGCAUACGGAAUGUCAUCACUACAGCGCCAUCUAUUUUCAUGUUUGCUCUUGUUCAGGUCACUGUCCAUCUUAUUGUGAUCCUUGCACUGGGAAAACUAUUUCGGUUCGACCUAAAGCAGUUACUUUUGGCUUCGAAUGCCAAUAUUGGAGGCCCUACGACCGCAUGUGGAAUGGCGACGGCCAAAGGGUGGGGCUCCUUGGUUGUUCCUGGGAUUCUUAUAGGCAUAUUUGGAAUCUCAAUCGCAACAUUCCUUGGCAUUGGUUUCGGAAUGUUGGUUCUUAGACACAUGUAAACUUGGCAGCAAACUUGAGAUGAACAAAGCUGUAUAUUUCAGUAGAACUUCUUAAAGAUUGUGAUUCAAUUUUAUGCUGUUCAUAGCUAUAGAAUUUUAAGGUCCAUUUCCUUGAAUUAUCCCAUACUCAGUGACGGAUCCAGAAAAUUUCGUGAGGGGGGCGGCGGCCUUUUAAUUUGUUGGGCAAACUUAUAUAGUGGGUCCAUUUUUGUAAUUUCAAUAGGGUUUUUUUCAUAAAUUUUUAAAAAUGUAAAGUAUAAAAUGCAAAAAAAAAAAAAAAAAAAAAAACACAGUGGGGUGAAUUGUGAUUUUAGUGGGGGCAUCUAAGUUUAAAAUGAAAAAAAAGAAUUUAGUGGGGGCAAAUUGUAAUUUCAGUAGGGGCCUCUUCAUAAAUUUUAAAAAUAUUUGAGGUAUAAAAUAAAAAUAUUAAAAGGCCAGUGGGGCCCACUGGUUAAAGGUUUUUUUUGUUUUUUUUAUCCCAUAUACCGUACACUCUUGUCA